CAAAAAUAAUAGUCAUGAAUCAAAGUGUAGCCAGUUAAACAGAUUAAACUAUUGAACUGGAAAAGAAGAACCUAAAUUUCUAAUAAACACUGGUUUAACCUCCUGGGAAACUGCUCUACCCUGGAAAUAAUCUAAAUUUAAUCCAUAGCAAUAAAUAAUUUCAAGACAUGUGGUCAUGAUUCUUAGAGAACAGUGAGAAAUAGUUCCUUUCUACACCUCUCUUUGGAUCAAAUAUUUAUUCAUCUAACUUGUUAGAAAUCUUCAUCCUUAAUUCUCUCUGUAGCAGGAAGAAAAGUGUUAUUUAGAGUGUGUAGUGUAAUGAGGUACAAUAUCCUGUGACACUUUUUGUAAUAAAAUGAUAUCUGUAAUAAAACAUAUGUAGGCCACACUAAGUAAAGAACAUUUAUUAGCAUUUCAUUUAAAAUGUCAUGGCAUCAAAAUUUAUAGCAGUGUUCAUCAGUGCAGAAUUUAUUUCUGGUGUAAAACAGCUAAAUGUUUUAAAAGGUUACUUAAAGUGGACAAGUAAUACUUUUAUUACUUUCCUCAACAAAACGCUGGAAAUGUAAUGUUUCAGUAUAAACAUACAUCUCUCUCCAUCUAUAAAGCUAUUAAACAAACAAACAAAUAAAUAAAUAUACAGCCAUUAUUAACUAUUUCAUCAUCAUCAAUAUUUAAUCAUUUUAAUGUAGAAUUAAUUCCAUUUGGGAAAUUCACCCUGGGAGGUGGGUUUUUUCCAGGAAAAUAAACGGUUCUUUAUGCUGGACGUGUGCAUUUUGGACAUGCGCAGGAUUUAUAGCUGUUUUUAAAGCAUUUCACAGAGACUGAUCCUGAACUGCAGGUUUCUGUCAGGUUCACUGCAUCCUGUAUAUAUCAGUGGUUACAGAAUUAGAAUUGGAACCUUGGAAUCAGAACAUUGCGAGAUGAAAAGCUGAUCUGCAUCAGCACAAUCCACAUUCAGAUGAAAGUUGUACAUUCAGUAGCUCUGACUUGCAUAAAAACUGGACAGAAAAUAAGUAAACAGGAAGAAGAGAAGGGAAUGCAGAGGAAGGUGGACGGGAUGUCUUGCAACAUCAUCAAUGAGCUGCGGUUAGAGAAGAAGCUCUGUGAUGUAGUCAUCAUGGUGGAUGGCGCCGAGUUCCACGUGCACAAGAACAUCCUGUGCAGCUGCAGCCCAUAUUUCAUGGUUCUCUUUACCAAAGGCUGGUACCCUCCUGAUAAGCUCAGGUACAGCAUCCCUAACGUUUCCACCGAGAUAAUGGAGCUGGUCGUGGAGUACGCGUAUAUAAGACGUGUUAACAUCACAGAGAAAAACGUGUGUAAGCUGCUGAUCGCUGCUGAUUAUCUGUUGGUGAGCAGCCUGGUGAACGAGUGCUGUGCGUUCCUGAAGGCUCAGCUGUGUCCUGAGAACUGCAUUAACCUCUGGCGUUUUGCUCACUCCUACUUCUGCGAGAAGUUGAAGCAGCAGGCCUUCCGGUUUAUCUUGCACAACUUUGAGGAGAUGGUGCGCCUCUCUGUGGACUUCCUGGACCUGACGGUCGUGCAGUUGAGCGAGAUCAUCGAGAAGGAUGAACUGAACGUGAAACAGGAGAGCGUGGUGUUUGAAGCCGUCUUACAGUGGAUCAAACAUGCGCCAUGGAAACGGAAAGCACACAUAGGAGUGUUACUGCCCAAGGUGCGUCUGGGGCUACUGACGCACGAUUACCUAAUGAACAAUGUGAGCAACAACGUUUUAGUGAUGGACGACAUGACAUGUAAGCCGAUCGUCACCAGCAUUCUGAUGGGCAUUGAUGACCUCAACCCAAGCCUUUCUCUCAGCUCUGAUCUCACGAGACUCCGCCUGCCCAGCGCUGUUCUGCUGGCCAUCGGUGGCUGGUACCAAAGGAAUCGCACCAAUGCCAUAAAAGCGCAUGAUACGCGAGCGGCACGCUGGGUAUGCGUCACGUGCUCCGAUGAGAGUCCACCGUCUGCCCAUCACGGGACGGUGUAUCUAAACGGCUUCGUGUACUGCAUCGGAGGAAUCGACAGUGAGGAUUUCCUCUGCAGUGUGAGAAGGUUUGACCCCAUCACCAGAAUCUGGGCUCAGGUGCACUCCAUGCACUAUUGCCGGUGUGACGUGAGCGUGUGUGUGCUGGACAGUCGUAUCUAUGCAAUGGGAGGAUUUAAUGGCUUCGAACAUCUGAAUACGGUAGAGCGAUAUGAACCUGAGAAUGAUCGGUGGUGCAUGAUUGCGCCAAUGCACGGACGAAGGAGCAGCUCUAGCGCUACAGUACUGAAUGGCAAAGUGUACAUAUGUGGAGGGUAUGACAUUUUCGGGUGUUUGUUCACGGGGGAGUAUUACAGUCCUCAGACGAGAGUGUGGACCCUCAUCACCCCCAUGAUGAUCAGAAGGUGUGGACUGGGCGUGGUCGCGUAUGGAGGAUGGGUUUACGCUGUCGGGGGAAAUGAUGGUGUUAAUCACCUAAGCGAUGUAGAGGUGUAUAAUCCUCAGACCAACGUGUGGACACCAGGUCCAGCCAUGAACAACCAACGCAGCCACUUCAGCAUUGAGGUGCUGGACGAUCUCCUGUUCGUUGUUGGAGGAGAGAACAGCACUACCAUCAUAGAUGAAGUGGAGUGUUAUGAUGAGCAGACUUCUGAAUGGCAUGCAAUUGAAAACAUGGGGAUUUCUUGCCAUGCUCUGAGCUGCUGUGUGCUGUCUGGUUUACCCAACAUGGCAGAGUACGCUGCUCCCCGAGACGAUCCCUACAGAGUCCCUCAGAGCUCACGGAGCACCAGAGGCUACCUCACACCUCCUGCCAACGUCUGAGACGUACAAAUAAACCUCUCCCUUCAUCAGCAUCCUUUUGUUCUCAAGAAUCAAAUUAACCACUCUGAAGCAGUCAAACUACUGAAUUUGCCUUUUGCUUACUCUCUUAUGCUGCAAGCCGUUGUACUGAAACUCGUAAAACCACAACGUCCCUCAUGGAGACGUGCGAUAGAACAGUCCUGAGAGCUCUCACACACACACGUACACAUACCUGAGAUCACAAUGACAUGGCGGUGCUCAUGUGGUCAACGCUAAACAGAAUUCCCUUCACGUUAUUUUCUACGUGAUGAAACUCAACUUUGUUGACAUGUAGCUUUUGUGUCAUAAUUUAGGUUUGUGACGUAAUUCUGCUGAUUUUAGCCCAAAUUCACUAAUUUGAUAAAAUCACUGUAACGGAUCAUAUUUACGAACAAAGUUGAAGACAGGGGAUGACGAUUAUACAUUAUUUCUCUCUGUGCAUCACAGGAAUAAUUAAUGUAAGUCUUAUUAAUAUGUUUAUCAAACUCAAAUAUGACCUUGUCAGAGUAUCCACCAGUAUUUCUGAGCCAGAACGCCUUUAGAUCGGAACGCCGGAAAACUGGUUCUGUACUUUCAGAGCUCGAGUACAACGGAGUGCAGCAUUAAUACCAGCAGAUCCACAGCAAUAGACUCUCGGAUAAUACUAUAAACACACCAGGUUCAAUUACACUACAAUCAAACAAGAAAAAAAACAUGGAUUAGGAAAAAAGGACAUAAAAUAAUGACAAAGAGUAAAGGAAAAGGAGAGACAGAGAAGAGGGUGAGAGAGGAUGGGAGAGAGAGACUGAUAGAGAGAAAAUGUGUGUGUGUGUGUGAGAGGAUGGGAGAGAGAGAAUAUGCGUGUGUGUGAGAGAGAGAUGAUAGAGAAUGAGAGAUGAAUGAAGAUUAAACAGAAAGAAUAAAAUGCAGAAAGCAAGAGGGAAAAAAGUGAAAGACAAACAUACUACAUGAGGGAUUGACAGAAAAAGUUUGAAACAAAAACGUGAAAUGAAACGUAAAAAAUAUUGGAGAGAAAGAAAGAGCAAAAAAGGAACAAUAAAAAUAAUAAAUACGAAAGAGAAAGAAAUCAUAGUAGAGGAAUAAAAAAAGGUAGGACACAAUUGCUAAAAAGCAGGAGAAACCGUGGAAAAGAAGAGGAAGAGAGACAGAUAAAGAAAAAAAGAAAGAGAGGAAGGAGAAAAGCGUGAGAGAGGGAUGAAAGAAAUGAAGCGAGAUUAACGUUUCACCUUGAAGAAGAUAGUUUUGUCAGCGAUGUACUUUAACAUCCCCUGUGUGAGCGGUGGCCUGAUCACUACGGCAACACGACCCUGGCUCGGGUUCAUCGGCUGGGUGGAGUCGUCCACGCCCACCUGUUCUUCUGUCACCAUGGCGACGGACUGCAUCAGACCCACCAGGUCCAUGAGGAGGGAGACAGCGACGGCGCGGAUGUUGAAGUCCAGCUCAGAGAAACAUGUUCAUCAGAGACUCGAGCCACCGAGGAGGCGGAGUCACACUGCUGCUGUCUGACAUCACCAUCACCACACACACACGUCAUUAAUAAUCAUAUUAAUAUUAAUUAUUAUUGUUGAUGGUGAUGUUAAUAUUCAUCUAUAAGUAAUUAUACACUGUGAUUAGUAAAAACAAACAGCAAAUAAUAAAUAAAUCAGUAAUAUAAAUUUAAAAAACUAAGUAAAUCCAGAAUAAUAAUCAGAAAACUUUCAAUUAAACAAUAAUAUGCAAAUGUGAGAGUAUGUUCUGUUGAAUAUGCGCUGGUUAAAUAAAAUCAUUUUGGCAGCCGUUAACGUAGAUACACACUCCUUCUGUUCAAAUACACAGAUGUUCAAAGGUCUCUCUGUUAACUCCGCCUCCCCAUGGUUAGCCCCGCGCCCCGUGUGACCCGGGGCGAUGUAGAGCUCCAGCAGUCUGCACAGAAAGUGCUGGAAGUGCCCAAGGCAGUGCUGCAUCACAGGAGCAUCCAGAGAACCAGGCUGGAGUUUAGGAUCGGACUGGAGAGGGGCAUGGUCAUCAGACUCCGUCUCCUCGUACUGAACAAAAUCUGUAAAACUGCUCUCUGGAGAACGAACUGCGGAGGGACUUUCCCUGUCCUCAAACAUGUCCUCGCUGACCGGGACAUCAAGACAUAACCGGGCUGGGGGGGAGAGAGAGAGAGACGAGAGAGAGAGAGACAUCUCUCGUCUCGAAGGGUUUUCUCUCCCUCACCUAGGGUUCUCUCUCUCUGUCUCACCUAGGAUUCUCUAUCUCUCUUUCUCACUCUCUCCCUCACCUAGGAUUCUCUCUCUCUCUCUCUCUCUCUCUCUCUCUCUCUCUCUGUGUGUGUGUGUGUCUCUGUCUCACCUAGGAUUCUCUCUCUCUCUCUCUCUCUCUCUCUCCAAGGGUUCUCUCACUCUCUCUUCUUCGCGCGCCCCCUCGCACUCUUGCUCUCUCUGGAUUUCUGUAAAGCUGCUUUCUAGCAAUGUCUAAUAAUAAAACAUUAAUUCACAUCAGUUUCAUUUCUAUAAAUCACUUGUUAGAAGUAAUUUAUAGAAAUGAAACUGAUGUGAAUUAAUGUUUUAUCAUGAAAUAGAAUGUUAUUGAUAUUCUACUGACUGUUGUAAUCUCAGAGAUGCAUGAUGCCAAAUCUGAGACAUUUAUAAAGCAAGUUUUUUGUGAAAUGAAAACAUGUUGGUGCUCAUAAAAUAUCCUGUUUCUCAAAAAGUAGUGUGAUUAAUUGCUUUUAAAUGAGCUAUAACAGUCUGGAACAAAGUCUAACUUAAAAACUGUGAGGUCAGCGUGAAAACUGUGAUAUUUAGGAACAACUUGCCUGAUCUGAUUGUUCAGGUAGUUAACCAUCUCCUCCACCUGAUCAGACCGAUCCUUUAACACCAAAUGCUUCAUGAGGGGCCGAAAGUUCUCGCUCUGCAUCAAGCUCUGGUAUAUUAUAAUAAUAUAUAACAAUAACAAUAUAUAUUAAUAUUAUACUUGCUCAGUUAUUUAUUGAGAAAAAUGAUCCAGUAUUACAUAUCUGUGAGGGGUAAAAGUAUGUGAACUGUUGCUUUCAGUAAGCGGUGUGAGCUCCUUGUGCAGCACUAAGUACAGAUAAACAUUUGGGGUAACUGUUGAUCAGUGCUGCACAUCGACUUGAAGGAAUUUUAUCCCGUUCCUCAGUCCAGAAUAGCUUCAACUCUAGGAUUUUGGUGGGUUUCCUCACAUGAACUGCUUGCUUCAGGUUCUUCCACAACAUUUCUACUGUAUUAAGGUCAGGACUUUGACUUGGCCAUUCCAAAACAUGAACUUUAUUUUUCUUUAAUCAUUCUUUGGAAUGACACCUGUGCUCAGGGUCAUUGUCUUGCUGCAUGACCCACUUUCUCUUGAGAUUCAGUUCACAGACAGAUAUCCUGAUAUUUCCCUUUAGAAAUCGCCAUCCUGGUCCAGAUGCAGAAAAACAGGCCCAAACCAUGAUACUACCACCAGCAUGUUUCACAGAUGGGGUGGGGUUCUUGUGCUGGAAUUCAGUGUUUUCCUUUCUCCAAUCAUAACGCUUCUUAUUUAAACCAAAAAUUCUAUUUUUGUCUCAUCCAUCCACAAAUUUUUUUUUCCAACAUCCUUCUGUUUUGUCCUCAUGAUCUUUAGCAGACUGUGGAAGGUCAGCACUCUUCUUAUUACGCCAGAGGGCACUGCGGUACGGCCGCUGACUGGUCACGUGACUCUUUUGUUUUCGUUCACUUCCCGCUUGGACACCGAGUUAAGUCUUUGAUUUGCCCCAGGUGUUAAUGUUUUAGUUUAAUUAGGUUUGUUAUUUAAACCCCCCCGUGUGACUGCGCACAUCGCGCAGUAUUAAAGUCGGUUUAGUUCGUCAAGUGAGGGAAGUAUACAGGUAUGUGCUAAUGUGUAGCAUGCUAGCGGUCGUAGCUAGGGGACCAGAGUGAGUAUAGUCCGUAGAGACCGCACUCCCUGUGUUGGUUUAUCUGUUUUUUGUUUCUUGUUUAAAUAAUAAAGACGGUGACCUGCACCUGCA